AGCAGAGUGUUCCCAUUGGAUCAGACAGAAAAUGCAAGAAAAAUGUGGAUUAUAAAUGCAUCACACACAUAUCAUCGGUAGACAAAGAACGGACACAGCCACUAACAGUUGUUCGUUGGAAGAAGCUGGUUGUAUGUGCCCGUAAGUGGCUAGAAAUUGACGGAAUCGACCGCACGUUGGCGGAGGCUGUAUGUGUACAUGAUGAGUCAGCCAGAAAUAACAAUGACGAUUCCACGUCAGCCCUGGCUUGUCCAGAUGAAAAUCUUUCUAGCUUCUUGGAGGUAAACAAACUUGGUUUUCAUCCAACUUGUUAUAGGCGUUUCAUUGAUAAGAAACGAAUUGCCAGUGCUGAAAAACUAGCAGUAAAACGGGGAGCAUGUGGUGGUGACAACAAUGGUUCUGAUUCUGAUCACGAGUCUUCCACAACCACGUCCACGACUAGCCGGCCACCAUCUCCAAAACGGUUGAGAUCCACGACUAAAUCAUCGAGGUCUGGCAAUGUACUUCCUGCUGUCUGUAUAAUUUGCAAGAGGGCUUACCGCUUUGUGAAAGAAUGACACAAGACAAAGAAAGAUAAAUUGGUCCAAGCAGAAACUAUAAAUGCUGGGAGUUUGGUUAAAGCAGCUGAACUGAAAAUGGACGAAUCCAUCCUCAAGGAUGUACGUGGAAAAGAUUGUGUCGCAAUUGAAGUGCGGUACCACAAACGGUGCUACAAAGAAUAUACAAGAUUUCUGGGGGCUACAACAAGUGAUGAAAGGAUGCCAAAAGCCUGGGAGUAUGCCACUGUGUACACAGAAUUUUGUGACAAAAUAAUUUGGGGACAGUUGAUUAAAAAACAGGAAAUCUUCAGGAUGAAAAAGCUCUCUUCCCUGUUCCAGAAAAUGAUACGAGAACACCAUGGUCAUGGAAGUUACAGAUCAGAUCUUCUGAAGAAAAGACUGAGCCAAGACUUUCCCCAACUAAAUUUCUACAAGCCUCCGAGGAAAAACCUAAGUGAAAUGGUUUUUACAGAAGCUACAGGACUUCUCAACAAGGGUUCAUCUACUGAAACUGAGUCAUCAUGAUCGCAAGAGACUUUGUCGAGUGGUGGAGAGACAGUUCAGGAAAGUGGUACAUAUGCAGCACAACAAGACCGUACCAGAACCAUUUAUAGUGCUGGUAUAAUUCUUAAACAAGCAGUUAAGAGUGUCCCUAACAUGAGUGCCAAUUGGCCUCCUACAUCUGAGGAUCUAAAUAUUUCCUCAGCUAGAAAGAUUGUGCCAAUUGAACUGUAUAAUUUACUUGCUUGGUGCAUAGGUGUAAGUGAUGAGUUGACAUUAUCUAACAUGGUAAAUGUAUCGGAGGAGGUUGAUCUUCGUUUAUUGUCAAUCUGCCAAGAUAUUAUUUAUUUAUCCUCAAAAGGUAGAAAUCAAACCCCAAAAUCUCUAACACUUGGUUUAACUCUGCGCCACUUGACAGGGUCAUUUCAGGUUGUAAACCUGGUAAGUAAACUUGGUCACUGUGCCUCUUGGGAAUCUGUAGUAGGUUUGGAGACAAGUCUUGCUCAGCUUCAGUUGUCCAGAGGUUUGGAUCUCCCACAAUGGUUUGCCAGUAAUAACUUUACUGUUCUAGUGUGGGACAAUAUAGAUUUUGGAGAGGAAACAUCGUCGGGGAAGGGUACCACCCAUCACACUAAUGGAAUCAUGAUUCAGAGAAAGUAUUUUGAGACUCUAAUUCCCCAGGCUCAAGUGAAGGUAAAAAAAGGUGUAAGGUCCUUAAAGCCCCACGAAUUGGUCCUUGAAGUAUAUCGUCGUAGACCAAGGCAAGGUCCAGGCAGUGUGACUGAUAAGUCGAAGGAUUCUGAAGAUAUUCAUGUGGAAAACCUUAGGUUGUCCAAAUCGUUAGACUUUGCUUACAUUUUGUCAAAGUUCACUACCUGUGCUUUGGGCAUUAUUCCAGGUUGGACAGGGUUUAAUAUAACCUUGACCAAAGGUCAGACUUGUGAAAAAUCUGUGAUCUAUUACCUUCCAGUUAUCGAAGCCUCUCCAACAGAAAUGACAACAGUCAAUACAAUUCUAAAGAGAAGUAUUGAGAGAGCGGACCAGUUACAACUUCCCCACAUUGUUCUUGUCUUCGACUUAGCAAUAUAUGCAAAGGCACAAGAGAUACGCUGGCUCGACGAUGAUAUCCAGAAAAGGGUUAUGAUCCGUCUUGGUGAGUUUCAUACAUGCAUGUCUUUCUUAGGAAUGAUCGGGAAACGGUUUGGUGUUGCAGGGCUAUCUGAUUUGUUAGUAGAAGCAGACAUUGUUGCAAAAGGUUCGGUGAAUGGAGUAAUUUCAGGCCAUCACUAUAACCGUAGUAUUAGAGCUCACAAGCUUCUAUAUGAGGCAUUACAGCGCCUGCGAUUUGCUAACUUUGUCGCCUCAUUACCUGAUGAAGAAUCAGAAAGGAUAAAUCAAGUCAUGGAAACUUUGAAAACAUCAUAUCAUUUGUCGCCUAUGUCGGUUUUUGAUCUCAUCCAGGCUGAAGAUUUCCAAGAUAUCAUGAGUUGUUAUCAGAAGUAUGUUGAUACUAAGAGUGAAUCUAGUCCUACAUUUGCCCUUUGGAGUUCUUAUCUAGAUAUUGUCCAGGUAUUACUUAGCUUUAUCAGAGCAACCAGAGAGUCCAAUUGGAAUUUGAAUAUUUCCACUCUAAAGUAUAUGCUUCCAUGGUAUUUUGCAUAUGACCACAUAAACUAUGCCAGGUAUCUUCCAGUUUCUUGGCUUGAAAUGAUGAACUUGUCAGAAACCCACCCUGCAUGCUAUGAAGAAAUCUCUGAGAAAAGAAAUUGGACUGUUCAAAGCCAAGAUGCAUAUGGAUUUUCAUCCAUUGCAUGUGAUCAGGCUAUCGAACAGACAUGCAACCGUGACACCAAAACUAGUGGUGGGCUGAAUGGUAUCACACUGAAUAGAGGAGCAACUCAGAGAUGGGUUCUAGCACAACCCCAUCGUGCUGCCAUAACACCACAGUGUGAAUCAAUGGCCGGUCUCAGUCACGAGACAAGGAGCUCCAAAGAACUUGACCUGUCUCGGAUGAAGAGGAAUGAGAGUGACAUCAGAUCUAUAAUAGAUUCUGUUGACAGCAUGAUCAACCCAUUCGAGUGUUUCAGUUAUUUCCUAAAAUUUUGCUUUCAAUAUUGUAACUGGUCUGCUAGGUGAUAAAAUUAACACCACUUUUCAUAGUUAUUAGUUAACCAGACACAAAAGGAUAUCUUGCUAUUAGAGUUUUUCAAUUGAAAAUUCAAAGAAUUGCAGUUUUCAUGUGCAAUAAAGAUAUAUUUUGGGAGAUGUGAAAUUGUUAAAAAGGGUGUUUUUUCAUUUAGAAUAACUCCUUACUUAAAGCACGCAGAACAUUGCCGCUUUAUAAGCUCUGAGUAAGUAUGAAUGUCUGUGGGAAUCAAAAUUCUGAGUCCGAUCGCCUUGAUAAUAAAAAAAGUUACAAGGGUUUGAAAAUGCUAGAAGACCCAAAUUUGUCACUUUUUCGGGUAAACUGCCACCUUUGGCACCCAGUUUCUCAAAUACUGGCAGGAAUCCCAUGGAGAACUUUUUUUCCCAGCUCGAGUACAUAUUUAAGAUUAGAAAACUGCUUUCGAAAAGUAGUCCCCAGGUUAGUGGAGCGAAAUCCUAUUUCUAGCCUCAUUUUGAGCUUCA